GCGGAGGGCGAGGACGACGUGACCGUGACGCGGAAGGGAAGGGAGGGGGGAAAAGGUUCCACGCCGCUAUUACACACUCACACACACACACGAUUUGGUUUCGUGGAUGAUGUUGUGAAUGAAGGCUGCUAAACGUUUGAGUGGAAGUGGACCAACUUUUACGCGCGGAUCUUUGGAUAUGUCGAACUUUAUUAUAAUGGCAAUGUGAUUUUUUUUGUGUGGAAUUUUCACAUCGGAUUUCACCUCACCACUUCAUCAUCCGUGGACCAUACUGCCUCCAGGCACCUGCUCCGACCGUGGACAGAGUCACACGCGUCUCGCCUGCGCGUGAGUCACUCCCGUGAGCCAUCAGUCGGGAGUCGGGAGGAUCCUCCACGCGUCAACGAGUGGGACCCACUGAGCGGGUACCGAGGCUCGGUGAGAGUGGACGCCCAGGUGCUAAAUGCCCAGCCGGUCGCUGGCGGGUCCUCUGGCCGGGCGGCAACAUGAGGUCGUGGCUUCUGCUGCUGCUCCUUGCCGCGCUCUCAGCGACCAUCCUGAGCCUCGGCGGCGCUGAGGGCGAUCCACUCCCUGCGUCGCUGGUCGACCUGGUGAGGAACUCUCCUAUCUCCUCUGUGGACGAGCUGAAGAUGCUGUUGCAGCACCAGGCCGGAGCAAUAGAAGAAGAGGAGGAUGACGAAAACACAAAUCCAACCCAAAGACGACACAUCAGAAGUAUCGAGGAGGCCGAGGUCGCCCAGCAGGCGGCGUGCAAGGUUCGGACGGAGGUGAUGGAGGUGACGCGGUCCAUGUUGGACCGGCGCAACGCCAACUUCAUGCUGUGGCCGCCCUGCGUGGAGGUGCAGCGAUGUUCGGGCUGCUGCAACACCAGGAUGCUGCAGUGCGUGCCCACCGUCACCUCCAGCAGAUACCUGCAGGUGAUAAAGAUCCAGUACGUCAACAGGAAGGCCCACUACGACAAAGCCAUCAUCUCGGUGGAAGACCACGUGGCCUGCAGGUGUCAGCCCUCCUCCUCCUCGUCUUCCCUUUCCGUCGCUCGCUCGCCCAACCCUCCCCCCGUCCAGCCCCUGCCCCGGUCACCCAAGCCCCCCAACUCCAAAGCCGACCUCCAUCGCCACGACGACCUGAAGCGCAACCAGCGUCCCUACAACAGCGAGGAGCAGGAGUCGCCGGCGAGGCAAUGGCCGCAGGGGAGCUACACGCAACUGGUGCACUGGACGCAGCCCAGGGUGCACCACUCCUAUGUCAGCUGGUCGUCGGACGCCCGGGUGGAGCACGGCGUCGUGGGAAGCCCUCCGCCGGUGGGCCCGGGGAGCGGGCAUGACGUCAGCCGGGAGGAAAUCGGUGGCGACGGGCGUCGCCAGCAGAGCCACGGCCACAGGAGUUCGGAGGACUUGAGGACGCAAUACUGGCUCGACGCCCCGCAGUCGGACAGCGCCUCCCCACCUGGCGACCCGACCCCCUCCCCGCCGACCCCUUCCCCUUCCUCCUUCCCCGUUUCCACCAAUCUAAGCGACUCGGCGAGCAGCCAACCGCGUGUGGAGGCCACGCCCACACAUGCUCAGACUCUGACAGAGCGUCGCACAGGAAGUAGGAGUGAGGAAAGUGGUGAGCCGGCCAAUGAGGGAGAGGCCAAAGACUUUAGACUGGUUAAUGGAGGAGGUCACAUGACGGAAGAGGAGAGGAGGCAGAAGGUUCUGGAGGUGGUUCAAGGGGAACUGGACCGUCCUCAUCCUCCUCAGCAAAGCCCAAAGCCAGUUAUCUCCACAGCGGCCCCGCCCUCCAGCCGCCACACCCCCUUUAGACCGGCAUCGCCCCGAGUCCGGCGCAGGAGGAAACAUCGCAAGCGCAUCAGCAAAGCGGCCAUGAGGACCAUGAUCAUGUAGCGACCAAGCGCAGGGACUUGUGCAGCAAACCAAAGGUUGUCGGCCAGAAAACCAGCGCCCAAAGGGUGUAUGGACGCACUGGACACACACUGGAUACACUGGACUUAUGGGAUUCUUUGGGGGACAAGUGCAAAUGGACGCCGGUGGACGAAUCUAAAACAUAAAGUGCAAUCUUAAGAACUCCUUUAAGGAACCGUGUCACACUAAACACUGGAUUGACUCGCUCUGGGCUCCAUUAAGGUGCACCUCAUGCCUGGGACUUCAACUGGACCUGAAGGACUGGAUAACUGGAGAGAGACUGUACGGGUGCGCCUUCUAAAACACUCACUUUGUACUACUGCCAUCAAACAUAACAUGGAAAACCAAGUUCUAAAAAAAUCCCAAACACAUUUAACCCACAUAUGCUCAUCGUACAUAAACAAAAAGCAGUCUUAAAGACGAGGCUUUUAGAAACGCUGUGAGACAGUUAUAGCCAACACUGUACGUGUAAAAGCUUCUAGCGAGUAGGUUUUAUUUCUUAACUUAUUUAAAAAGGAAGAAAAAAAAAAGGAUGACAAUGAAGUCCUUUGGUUCUCAAGUGUAAUUAUUGUUAUUAUUAUUAUUGUUGCCGUUUCAGGUCAAAAGAACUACUGGUUGUACACUGUAACUGUCAUGAAUGUUAUUUUUCAUAGAAAAUAAAGAAAACUUCAACAGACA